GUUGAGUUUGACAAGAGUGUUGAACUUCACACAAGUUUGUCUGUUACUCCUUAAACCGUAUUGAAAACAGGUAGUAGCACUAAAACCGACUUUGAGGAACCCAAGCUGUCACUUUAAGGCAAUCAUGGAGCGCUCCAAACAGAAACAAAUGAAUCAAAAUGAAAAUGAAACAGAUGCCGCGAUCAAUGGGCACUUUGACGGACGAGUGAAAGUUCCCGGAUGGAGCGCCGGUGGUGCCGCCGGGACCCCGAGCACCGUGCCGUCCUCCAGCGUGAUGGAGAGCUGGCGGGAAGAACGGACCCGCAGUCUGGAAGACAAUGAGAUGAGCCUGCCGAGCAUAGCUGCUGCGUACACCACGAUCCUCAGGGGGCUCGGGGAAGAUCCGCAGCGGCAGGGGCUCCUCAAAACUCCGUGGAGAGCCGCCACCGCCAUGCAGUUCUUCACCAAGGGUUAUCAGGAAAAAAUCAUCGAUGUCCUGAAUGACGCAAUCUUUGAUGAAGACCAUGACGAGAUGGUGAUCGUGAAGGAUAUUGACAUGUUUUCCAUGUGUGAACACCAUUUAGUUCCCAUUUUUGGCCGGGUGCACAUAGGCUACCUUCCAAACAAGAGGGUUCUUGGUCUGAGUAAACUAGCAAGGAUUGUUGAGAUAUAUAGCAGGAGAUUGCAAGUUCAGGAGCGUCUAACCAAACAGAUUGCAGUCGCCAUCACUGAAGCGUUACAGCCUGCUGGGGUCGGGGUGGUCAUUGAAGCAACUCACAUGUGUAUGGUUAUGCGAGGCGUCCAGAAGAUGAACAGCAAGACUGUGACCAGCACCAUGCUUGGUGUUUUCCGUGAGGACCCCAAGACACGAGACGAGUUCCUGAGCCUGAUCCGGAGCUGAGGGUCCGUGUUCACUCUCCACUGCCAAAACACUCUGACCAGCCCUCUUCUCAAACGCCUCCCAGAAUCGAAGGAUCCUUCAUCUCUGGUUUUGCCUUGGGACGAGGCACUGCUGCUGUGUAACAUAGUGUCCCAUCGGUAACACCUUCUCUUCUGUGUCUCCUGUGUGUUUUGUGCACGUUUUAGUCAGUAGAGCUAUGGGAGCCUCUAUUGACGGGACUGUGGCUAUUACUGUUAAAUGGAAGCAUUGUGUUUUGAAGGACGUCCUAGAUUAGCACAAUUUGACCUCUCUAAACUGACAAGAACCAAACCCACCGAAAUCUGUUUAGAUCUCUUUCUGGCUGUGUCACAUUUGUGCUCUUUUUAACGCAAUUGAGUUUGAAUAAUUACAUAAAAGUACUGUUGAGGAACAAUGGUACAGUAACGGUAAUGAAUAUAACCACUAAAUAAUUACCAAUAUUCUUACACCUUGAUAUUUACAAGGUACUUCAAAGAUUAUUAUGGUAUUAUAAUGGUACAUAUCCAAAAACCUAGUAUUACAAAGAAAGCACCACUUUUUAUAAGUGAAUAAAUCCAGACUGGUUUUAUUGUUGUUUUACUAUGUGCUGAAAAUGCAUUAUGGCUACGCUGUCUUAUAAUGUAAUAUUUAAUAUAAUGUGUGUUGUCCUGUGUGCAUCAGUCAGUAAUUGUGCCCAGACCCAAAGUAUCAUCUGCUCUUGAAAGGAUAGUUCAUCCGGAAAUGAAACUCACCCUCAUGUUAUCCA